AUGCGCAUCCGAGCCCUCCUCAACACCCUCCAUGCCAGUAGCCACCUUCACCCAGCCCUGUACCCCCAUUUUCUGGCGACCACACCCUCAGAAACUCCGUCGCUCUUUACUCCAGGCUCAAGCAGCUUGACCAGUCCGCCAAUCAGAUUAUCCGCUACAUCCAAGACCAGCCGGCAGACGUUAUCCACUCGAGAGCUCAACAACUCCGUCUUCGUUUCCCAGCCCGUCAAGGAGGCUGAGGGCAAGGACGAGCUUAGCAUUUGA